AUGAAUAAUAAUUCAAAAGUAUUAAAAUCAGAAAAAAUAACUUUAAAAAAUAAUUUAGGAGAAAACGAAAAGCCAAGCACUUGUAUUGUUGAUAAUGAAAAUAUAAUUAAAAAUGACGUUUGUGAAAAUGAUUUAGAGAACAAUAAAGAUAAAAAUGAUAGAAUAAAAAAACAUAUAAAAAACUCUUCUAAUUUUAGAUUUUUGAUCGAACAUAUAGAUUUUAAGUUUUUUUUAUAUAUAAAAAAAAAAAAAAGUGAUAACAUAGAAAAUGAAGAAAAAACGAAAAUUUCAAAAAUAUUAAAUUUUAUAGGAAAAACUUAUGAUUUUUUAAAAAAAAGAAAUUUUAACUCCAAAUAUUUGAAAAAAUUAGAAAAUUCACAAUAUUUUGAAAAAAUAUUGUGGCCGUAUUAUAAUAUGUAUGAUGAUUUUUAUAUUUUGGAUAAUAACAGCUUAUUUUUUUGUUAUACAAAAUCAAAUAAAAAAACAAGUGUGUAUAUAAAGCAUAUAUUGUCGUUAAUUAUUUUUAUUUGCUAUAAAUAUGAAGAAAAAGGAAAAUAUGAAAUAUGGGAUCAGAUAAUAUACAACAAAAUAGAUGAAUUUGAAAAAUUAGUUGAAAUUGAAAACAGCAAUUAUACAGAAGAAGAAGACAGUGAAAUAAAUGAAAGAAACAAGUUAUAUAAAGAAUUUCUUAUAGAAAAAUUUAAUAGUUUAUUUUUUAACACACUUAAAUUAAUUAAUUAUAAUUUUAUUUUAAAUGAAUUUAUGAAAAACUUAAGUAUAAAAGAUGUAAAUUUACAUAAAAAAUUACUAAAUCAUAGAAAAACAUUAUUUAAAUUAAGUUUUUUAGAGAAAUCUUUCGUUGUUCAAUUUUUUAUAAAUAUAUAUUCAAGCAUAGAUAAAAAAUUUCUAUUUAAAUUGUGCUUAGAUUUAUGUAAUCCUCUUAUAUGGAAUCAUAUUAAUUACAGUUAUUUAAAUAAUUUUCUUUUUAAAAAAAAUAAAGAAUCUAAAACACUUUUUACAAAUCUUUUAAAAAAUGUUGAAAAAAAAUAUUUAAAUUACAAAAGUUUUAAUUCCUUAAAAAUUUAUACUUGUAAUUCCAUCAUAUGUGAAGAUAGUUCAGAAAUUAAAUUAAAUGAAAAUUCAGAAUACAAAAAAAAAAAAAAAUGCGAUAGAAAAGUAGAAUUUGAUGAAAAUAUAAUUUUAUUUAUAAAUAAAAAUGAUUUUUUUUAUAACUUAAUAAAUUAUUUUUUAUUAGUUUUAGAUAAUUUAGAACAAAAAUGUGAAGAGUUUGAUGAAAUAGAUAAUUCUUCUAUUUCUUCAUUCAGUGAAAAUGAAUUUGAAAACGUCACGUUGGAUAAUUCUGAUGAGGAUAUUGAUAUUUUAAAUAAUAAUAUCAGUGUAUUUUUAGAAAAAUUAAACUUCCAUGACGAAAAAAUUGAAGAUAAUGAUAUUUUUUUUGAUGAAAAUAAAUAUAUAGAAAAUAAAAAUAAUACUAACGAAGUUACACACCUAAAUAAUGAUAAUAUUAAUGAUGAAAAUGGUAUUAGCGAAUAUGAAAAUAUGAAUGAAGAUGAAUUUUUAUAUGAAAAUAAAAUUUUUAAUAAAAUUAAUAAUUUUAAUGAAUAUGAACAAAAUGGUACUAAUAAUGAUGAAGAUUACGAUGAGAGUUGUAUUAAGAAUUAUUUAAAUUGUUCUAGUGAGGAUGAAAUACACAAAAGUUACUUAAAUUGUAAUGAAUAUAAAAAAGAAGAAGUUUUAAAUAUUUUUUUACAAUAUGAAAAUAAAUUGAAGCACAAAAAGCAAAAUUUUGUUUUAAAAAAAAAAAAAAAAAAAAGAGGAAGAUACUGCGACAAAAAUUUUAAGUUUAUUAUUUUAUUUAUUGAAAAAUGUAUAGAGUUUUUUAUUGAUUUGCUAAGCCAGCUUUAUUCAAGAAGAGUAUUAUAUAUUUUUAUAAAAUAUUUUAAUGUACAUAUUUAUUGUAAAAUUUCUAGUUUAAACAAAAAAAGAAAAUUUAAAGAAUUAAUAAAAUUACUAAUGUAUUUCAUUGAAAUGUAUAUAGAUAAUUUUUCAGGAAAUCCAUUAAGUUAUUUAGAAAUAAAUAAUGAUCACUAUAAAAAUUUUGAGUAUUUUCAAACUUUCUGCUAUAAAUAUUUUAAAGAUCACAAUAUACUAAAAAAUUAUUACUUAAAAUCAGUUUUUAUAAUGGACAAGAAAAAUGAAAUGUUUGAGAAUUUUUCAAAAUUAGAAAAAAAAGAAUUAUUAUUUUUAUGCGAAAGUUUAAAAUAUUUUAUCUCUCCAGAGGAAAAACUUGAGAAAAAACAAGAAAUAUAUGAAGAAUCAUCACUUAAUAAAAAAUAUAUUAGUCACUACUUAUUUCAAAAUUUAAAUAUAUUUAAUAGAAAAAGAAAAUUAUUUUACAUAAUUUUAUUAAUUGAAAAUUUAAGUUUUAAAAAUAACAUAUUUGAAGAUAUUAAUGAACAAUGUGAAUAUCCAAAUGAAAAGGAUUUAUUUGAAAAUAUUUUAAUUGAUACUAAAGAUGAUUUAAAAAAAAAAAAAAUUGUCAUUUAUACAAAACCUUUGUUUAAAUUAAAUUUACAAUACUUAUGUAUUAAUGACUAUAUUUAUAGGAUUUACAAUUUAUUCAAAUUGCAAAGUUAUUAUGAUAUAAGAAAAAAUAUAAUUGAAUAUGUUUAUGAGACAAAUCCAAAAAAUAGAAAGGUGAAUGAAAACACUAUUUGUAACUAUGUUUUUGAAAUAGAUGAAAAUAGUAAAAAUAAAGAAAUAAAUGAAAAGAAAAAAUUGGGAAAUACAGUAAAUAAGGAAUAUAUAAAUAACGAUAAUGUUAUGAAAAAAAAAAGAAAAAAAGGAGACUUAGAAAAUGAACAAAUGAAUAAUUAUGAAAAUUUUUCAAACAGUGAUAUUGUAUAUAAUGAAUAUCAACUAAAUUCAAUAAUAAAUGAUAUUAAUAAAAUAGAAAAUACCUAUUUUGCAAAUGAAAGACGAAUGAGUAAUAAAAUUGAUUCAUUUAAAAUUAUAAGUGUUGAUAAUAAUAGUAAAAAGGUUAUAGCAGAAAUAGUAAUAGAUCUAACAUAUAAAUGUUAUGAAAAAGUUCAUCAUGAAUGGAAUAUGAUUAGAUCUUCUGAUAUAUUAUUUUUAGUUUGUGUAAAAAAUUAUACAAAUCAUUAUAGGAAUAAAUUAAAUGUUAUUGAUGAUAAUGAUUUAAAAAAAUUAUUAGGAAUUAAUUAUGUAAGGGGUUGUGAAGUAUUAAAAUAUUCGAAUUUUGCAGAAAAUAAUGAAGAAAUGAAUGAUGAAAAUAUUAACUUGAAAAAAAUUACAGUUUAUUUAGAUUAUAUGCAGUAUCAAAAGGAUAUUUUAAAUAACCCUGAAAUAUAUAGCUCAUUUAAUUUACUUAUAAGAAGAAAACAAAAGGAAAACAAUUUUGUUUAUAUUUUAAAUAAUAUUAAAACAUUAAUUAUGAAUCCUGAUGAUGCCGUUAUACCACGAUGGGUGCAUGAUAUUUUUUUGGGUUAUUGUGAUAAUUCAUUAAAAUAUUAUCAAAAGGCAUUGCCUAAUAAAAAUAUAUAUAAUGAAAGAAAUUCGGAUGAAGAAAAUUCAAGUGAAGAAAGUCUAAAUGAAGAUAAUUCAAAUGAAUACAGUUCUGAUGAAAAUAUUUCUAAUAAAAUUAGUUCAAGCGAAGAAAAUUCAAAUGAAGAAAGUACAGAUAAACAGAGUUUAAAUGAACAAAUUUCUGAUGAAUCAAAUUCAAUGAAAAUGUUAAGAAAACAAAUUAUAUAUAAUAAAUCUAAUUUAAAUUUUAUAAAAAACAAUAUUGAAGAUAUUAAUUAUUUAAAUACUUUUUUAAAUAUUAAGCAUAUACUUAAAACAACCAAUGUGGCAUAUCUGUGUAUUGAUGCAUCAUACAUAAAUGUAUUAAAUGAUAAUAAAAUAGAUGUAAAAAACUUAUUAAAUGAAUAUAUUGAACCUUUAUACUUAAGUUAUAUUCCUAUAAAAUAUCAAGAUGAAAAAAAAUGCCUCCAAAAAAGUGAAUUACAAAAAAGUAUACUUGAAAGUUUAUUUUAUCAUAUAUGCAUAAUUAAUAAGUACAAGAUUCACAACAUGGAUUUCACUUCAAAUUUAUUAUCAAAUAUCAAGGUUGUUUAUCAAUAUGAAAAUUUUUUUAUUUUUCAUUUUGAGUAUAAAUAUAAAAAAUACUUUUUAAUUCUAAAUAAUUAUUUGAGUAAAAUGGAAAAUGAAAGAAAUAGAAAAAAUCAAAUUUCAAAAAAUUGUCAAAUUGAUGAUACGUUAACUAAUAAAAGUGAAUUAAAUAAUGGUAAUAUUGUUAAUAGCUGUAUGGAACGAUGUGAUACCCAGGAAGUUAUUAUGAUCAAUGACCAUAAUAGUAUAAAAAAUAUAUUUGAAAAAAAUUUAGAAAAUUGUAUAAAGCAUUUAGGAGUAAAAGAUGGUAUAUAUAGAAUACAAAAUAAAAUUUAUGAUGACCCAAAUUAUCCAUUAGAAGGAUUACUAGUUCAUACAAAAAAAAAAAAUAGCACUAAUAUUGAUUUUUUCAACAAAAUUAAUGGAAAAAAUCAAUUAAUAAAAAAAAAAAUACAAUAUACAGAAAGACAAAUAGAAUGUAUAAAAAGUGGUAUAUAUGAAGGUUUUACAAUAAUUGAAGGUGUUCCUGGAAGUGGGAAAACUAGUAUAUUAAAUAAAAUCAUCAAUAUAUUAUUUAAUAAUAAAAAGAAAGAAAAAAUUCUUAUAUGUACACACAGCAAUAGUUGUUUAAAUUACAUUUUUAAUUUACUUGUCAAAGAAAACUUUAUUCAUCAAAAAUAUUUAUGUCGUGUAGGAAUGGGAGAAUUAGAUAUUGAAAAUUUAAGAAUGCACAUUGAAGAAAUAGAGAAAAAUUUAAAUGAGGAUAAUGGUGAAGACUAUUUCAAUAUAUAUGAAGCGGGUAAUAAUUUCAAUGAUGAAGAUGAAAAUUUUAAUUUUUCAAAAUAUGGAAGAAUAAAUUAUAUGAUUGAUUUCAGAAAAAAAUUAUUAAAUGAAAUAAAUUUAUUAUCAGAAUCAAUUAAUAGCCAAAAAAUAUAUAAUUGCUUAUCUUCUAACCAAUAUUAUGAAAGCAACAUAAAAAAACGCAUCGCAAAUUUUUUUAAAUAUGUUGAUAUUUUUAAACAAAGCGAGAGCAUUAAUAGUUUUUUUAGAUCAUAUAUAUUAUCGUCUAUUGAUGAUUAUGACAUAUACAACUUAUUUUUAUGCCCAAAAAUAUAUUUAAAGGAAUUUCCAAAUGUUAAUGAUAUUAUUUGGGAAAACAAUCUUACAGAAGAACGAAGUUAUAAGGAAAUAAAGAAAUUAAAAUUAUUAGCUGAAGAUAAAUCAUAUUUUUAUUUAAUACAUCCUGAAGAUCAACUGAAAGUAUUAAAUUUGAGCAUAUAUAAUAUUUUAUUUCCUUUUAAAAAAUAUUUAAAUUUGAAGUUAAAAAAAAUAAGUAUUACUCAAUAUUUAGAUCACAAAAAUAGCUUUUAUGAUAAAAAUGUAGAUUCAAAAAGUUCCGAAAAUUUAGUGGAGUAUACUGAACAAAAUCUAAAUAUAAAUAAGAAGAAAAAGAACGAAGAGGAAAUUAAAAAAAGUAUCAUUAUUAAAGAGAACUUUAAAAAAGAUGAAAAUAAAGAGGAAAUGAAUCAAAAAGUUUCAGACGAGAAAAAUAUAAAAAAAGAGAUUUCAAUAAAUGAUGAAGAUUAUAAAAUAGAGAUAGAAAAUGAAGUAAUUGAUGAACAUAAUUAUAACAGUUUUAAAGGGGAUGCGAAUGAAAUAAUAUUUAAAAACAAUUCUAAUGAUUUUGAUGUAUGCAAAUAUUAUUUAAGGAAAUUGAUAAAAUAUUUCAAUCAUUUAAAAGAUUGUAGGGCAUUUGAAGUUUUAAAGAAUCAAAGGGAAAGAGGAGUUUAUAUAAUAGCAAAAUUAGCGAGAGUCAUUGCGUUAACUUGCACACAUGCGAGUAUAAACAGAAGCAAAAUAGCAAAAUUACAGUUUUACUUCGAUAAUAUUAUUAUAGAUGAAUGCACACAAAUAACUGAGAACGAUACAUUUUUGCCAUUAUUACUUCAAGAAAAUAGAUAUUAUAAAAGUAAAUUAAAAAGAAUUAUUUUUGUCGGAGAUUCAAACCAGCUACCUCCUAUUAUAAAAAAUAAAUAUAUAAAAAAUUAUGCUAAUUAUGAACAAUCUUUAUAUAAAAGGUUUUUAAGAUUAGAAUUACCUUCCAUAUAUUUAAAUGAGCAAGGACGUAUGAGGGAUGAAUUAUGUAAUAUUUAUAAAUUUUUCUAUAGUAAAUAUAAUAUACAAAUACAAAAUUUGGAGUGCAUAAAAGAAAAUUUUUUAAAAAAAUUUAAUCCAGGUUUUACAUAUACUUAUCAAUUUAUACACGUUGAAUCACAAGAAUACACACCAAUACCUUAUUUUUAUCAAAACUUGCUAGAAGCAGAAAUGGCUGUUGCCAUUUUUAUGUAUAUGAGAUUAAUAGGCUAUUCUAACGACGUAAUAACAAUUCUGACAACUUAUAAUGGUCAAAAAGAAUUAAUACUAGAUAUUUUAAAAAAAAAAUGUUUAUAUAAUAAAUUAAUAGGAAUGCCUAAAAAAGUUACAACAGUUGACAAGUAUCAAGGAAAACAAAACGAUUAUGUAAUAAUUUCUUUAGUUAGAUCAAAAAGUAUUGGUUAUUUGAAAAAUAUUAAAAGAUUGAUUGUUGCAUUUUCAAGAGCAAGGUUUGGCUUAUAUGUAGUUGGUAAUUAUAAUUUGUAUAGCAAGAAUUAUGAAUUUAAAAAACCUUUGUAUUUUUUUAAAAAGAAUAAAUUAGAACUAUCUUUACAAUUGAAUGAGCAUUUUAAUACAACAGAAAGACAAAAUAAUUUUCCUGUUAUUAUAAAAGAUGUAAAUCAUUUUUAUACGAUUUUGUAUUCUUUAUCAAAUUCUUAUUUUCAACAAGGAAACUAA